UCCAACAGCAAUGGCUAUGGCAGCGAUACCUGGACCAGCAUGAGCCCCUAUAGCCAGAGCCCAUACAGCGCCAGUCCAUUGACCGAGUACCCAUCCUUUGGAGCCUUUGUCAGUCACGGCAUGCCUUCAGAACCGUUAAAUAGGAUGCCUCCGCCGCCGCCGCAGCCUCACCAGAUGAUCCAACCAGCACCGCCGCCGCCCCCGAUGGCCCACCACCAGCUUCCAAUGCUCAACACGACAUGGCCGAGCCAACUGACGAACCCGACUCCCUCAGGGAGCUACUCAGCACCGCCCCUAUCAAUAACACCCGCCACGAGUGCACCGCCUGUGGACCCUCCCAGGUUACCGACGCAGCAUGAAAAGUCCAGGAAGACGCUCACCACAGAGCAAAAGAGGGCAAUGUGCCAGUUUCACGAGGAUAACCCAGGUACUCGACAAGCCGACAUUGGAGCCCGGUUUGGUGUCGAGAGAAGCACGGUUUCCAAGGUUCUGAGGCACAAGGAUCAAUAUCUCAAGCGGGAUCAGGAGCCAGAAAACCCAGCCGUCAAGCGCGGAAAGGGCAAGCACCCUGACUUUGACCGCACGCUCAGCAACUACGUCAGGAGACAACAACAGCGAGGAUUCAAGGUCAGCGACGAGGAGAUCAUGGAGCAGGCCAGGCUGUUUGCCCACGCGAGUGGGAACCAGGAGAACGUCCUCAACGGCCUGACGAGUAGCUGGCUACAAAAGUUUAAGCAAAAGCACGGCAUUGGAGGAGCCAAGUUGACGCGGAGAGCCUCGGAGGCCAAUAUCCCUGACAGUGCUCGACUAUCAACUUUGGUCACCAAGAACAACAGCAGCCAGGAUAUUCUAUCUCCGACCUCGCCUACGGGAAACAUCUCGCCCCUAUCUGGGAGCCGGAGCGAUGAGGAUGGCCCUAUCGAUGGUAUCGACUUUGACUUUACGUACAAGCACCCCGAGUCUCAGUCGACCACGUCCCUUUCCAGCGAUCUGAGAGAUAACCCGGCGUCUUCAUUCUCGGGCACAAUGAGCCCAACAAGCACUUUUACGUUCUCGCCGGACCCAAACGUUGGAGGCUUCCCCAUGGAUCAACUACGAGGCGCCGAUUUCCAGUCUCGAGAGAAGAGGAGCAACACGUUCCCCUCACUCAACAUCGACUACGUGAAUCAGGUAUCAGGGUCGACAGAGCCAAUGACACCUCGACAUAUCCCAUCGUCGACGGCGCCAUCUUCAGCUCUCGAGUCACCUCAGCACGAACUCCACGGGGCACCUUUCAGCAUCGACACGAGCGUCAACUCGCCCCCUCCGACGCUGCGCCGCAGCAGCAGCAACUCGAGUAUCACACGCUCCACCGCCACCUGCCCGACCCCUGUCGAGUCUUCCCCCGUCUCACCCUCACAGGAGGAUGCCCGCCGUGCCGCCCAGACGUUGCUGACCUACAUCCAGACGGCUGGCAACUUUGACUCGAACGACUACAUCACCAUCGUGCAGCUGACCAAGAAGCUCAAGAUCCACCAGCACCAAGGUGGUCGGCCCUCGCUAGGGGGUCUGUCUCGCAUUCCCGAGGGUGACGCCGAGGUGCCCGCUCUCUUAUCAGCCAAGAUGGAG